UUUUGAAUUAGGAUUCUCUAUGCCUCUUUCCAUUUAUUUUACUUACAAUUAGAUUUUUAAAUAUUUAUUUUUCAGUCAGAAUAAAAGCUCAACUUUACCGUUUGAUGAUUAUGGAGAACACUCGCAACGGCGAAUUAGGAAAGCUUACAGAAAAUUUGUCUUUAGUCCGUGCAAUGAAUGCCGAAGAAUUGGGAUUUUCUGAAGACACAGUUUUGCCUGAUAACAUCAGAAUGGAAUCAAUAAAUAAACAAUUACGAAAAAUGCAAAAUCAUUAUUCGCCAUUAAAAAAGCUUCAAUUGCUUCUUCGGGCACUAGCUUUGGCAGUUCCUCAUUUGCCUUUACUUUCAUCUAGUGAAUUACAAAGACAACAACAACAACAAAGUUUUGUGGCAACACAACCUAGUAAUAGCUCUGUUUUUCUUUCUCCUAUUGCUCAAACAUCAAAUAGUAUUGGGGCUGGAUGUGGACGUUUAAGGACAAAUUCUGGAAGUAGUAGUUCUGGGGCUAUGGCUGCAGCACUUAAACAUCCGCCUGCUGAUGAACUUAUUCGUUGGCUUGUUUAUUUAUUAGCACGUAGUUCAACUAUCAAUUGCGAAAUUGAAGCAUGGUAUAUGUGGGAAUUAUUACCUCAACAAGUUUUAUCAACUGGUGAUGCUUCUUAUUUUCUUUCUAUUCUUUUUUCUGCUGUUCAUGUUAUUAAACAUCCAGAAAUUGUCAAACGUUUAAAAAAUAUUUCUUUAAUGCCUGGUCGACAUCCUUUGCCAAAUAUUGCUGACUUUCUUGGUUCCCAAUCGACACUUCAGGACGUUGAUGAUUUUGCUAAUAAUAAUUCUGAUCUUUUACUUCGUGUGGCAAUUCCAAAUGAACAAGAAGGCUCGAUAGAAUAUCAUACAUUUCCUGUUUUGCCUAAAAUGAAUGCUUCUAAAUUAUGCCGAGUUAUUGCUCAUCAAUUUUCUGUUAGCAAUCCGGAAGAUUAUGGAUUAUAUGUUCUCUUUGAUGGUUAUGAAACAGUCCUCAGCCCAGAUGAAUUCCCUCAUUUGGUACGGGAUAAUAUGAUUCAAUCUGGUAAAGGCCAUCUUUUUGCUUAUAAACGAUCUGAGACACGAAUUGCUUGGCCAAAACAGGCUUUUUCUAAUUUUGGGACUUCAACUACCAUCCAUACAGAAAAAAAGAUUGUGGUGGAACCUCCAAAAAAUGUCAACAUUCAUCAUCAUCAUCAACAGCCUCAACAUCAACCACAAUCCUCUUCUUCAUCUUCAAGAUUAACAUCUUCAAGUAGUGGAAAAGGAGGAAGAAUUAAAGCUGUAGCAAGUAGUAGCAACAAUAGAUUAGCGAAUAAGAAUAAUAAUAAUAUGUUAUUUAAUAUUGGAAUGCAUGCUUGAUAUAUAUUUACAUAAAAAAUAUAUUUAUUUUUUUAUGUUUUGCAUUUUCCUUUCAUUUUUGUUUUGUUUUAAGAAAUGCCAAAUAUUUU